AGUGGCCAAUUAAACUGAUGUCUCAUCAUGUCAAGGAACAUUUAUUACAGAAGUUUUAGCUGCCACAGAUGUGGAUACCGAAGAUUCUUCUCUGUUUUUCAUUUUAACUGAAGCGCCUCUGUUUGGAAGCAUUGUGCAUCAUAAACAGAAAGUGAAUCGUUUCACUCAAAAGGAUGUAAUGAAUGGUGAGGUAAUGUUUUUACAUGCUGGUCAAGAAAUAGGCCCUAGUCCUAAAGAAGAUUCUGCAACUUUUAUUGUAACAGAUAAGGCUCUUCCCCGUUUAAUGCCUUAUGAUAGCCACAAGGUUUCUAUUACUAUAUUGCCUCAAAAUACGCGACCUCCAAGGUUGUAUUUCAAAAGAGCUAUACUUGUUGAUGAAGGAAAAAGGUCUGCAGUUACAGAAGAAAAUCUUUCUGCAUCUGAUGAUGAUACUUUUCCUGGAGAAUUGUUAAUUGUCAUAACAAAGCAACCUGAGCAUGGCUAUCUAGAAAAUUUGAGGCCUACUCCAGGACAUGAAAAAAGUGGUAAAAAUAAGCGAAUUAAUGCUUUUCCUUUGCAAGAUGUAAAAAGUGGAUUCAUCACCUUUGUUCAAUUUUUUCAUAGAAAUAUUGAACCAGAAUCAGAUGUUUUUGAAGUAUUUGUUACUGAUGGUGUUCAUAAUUCAACAACAGUGCUUGUUUAUGUAAGCAUUGUGCUUUUAAAUGAUGAAGUGCCGUAUGUUUUUGUGGCAAAUAUUUCAGUAAACGAAGGUGAUGCCUUUAUCAUGGAUAAUGAUUCCAUUUCAACAAGCGAUCGAGAUUAUCCUGGAGACAUACUAGUGAUUAGUGUUAAGAGUAAGCCCAAAUAUGGCACCUUAACACAUUUUGUGCAGGCUAUUAGCAAUGGCCCUUUGCUAGAAAUUCCAUUCAAUCAGUUAGCUGCAGAAAAUUUUGAAAGUAUUGUUUAUCGCCAUGAUGGUUCAGAGAAUUUUUUUGACUACUUUACUUUAUCUGUAAAUGAUGGUGUGCAUACGGUUUUACGAACAUGUUUUGUUGAGAUAAAUCCUGUAAAUGAUGAAUCUCCUGUGCUAAAGAAAAAUAUUGCCGCAGAAAGAGUUGAAUUCCUAGGAUCUUUCACCUUGUCCAGUGCUGUCUUGUUUUCUGAAGAUGCAGAUUCUACUCCUGAUGAAAUAUAUUUUGAAAUUAUAAGCGCUCCUAAAUUUGGUGUUCUGGAGAGAAAAGGUACUGACACACAAUGGAAACUACUGGAUUCUAUGAAAUUUUCACAAACUGAUAUCAAUUCGAAUCUUAUAAGGUAUCAACACACCUCCAAACUCAGAACCAUGCAUGAAGACAGUUUUAAUUUUUUCCUCUCUGAUGGAGUUCAUAAUUCAUCAUUAGCUUCAUUUGUCAUUAAAUUUAGUGAUGAUGAAAAAAAAGGGUUCAGUGUUUUAAAUAAUAAAGCUUCUAUUGAUCCUGGGGGAGAACUAAUAUUGAAUUCAUCUUUGUUGCAUAUUUUGACUAACAGUUCUGUUGAUAAUAUUUCAUUUGUGAUUUUGAGGCCACCAUAUUAUGGCAGUUUAUCACUGAAAGGUGAUGUAUUGCCUGUGAAAAACUUUACUUUAUUUCAUCUGAAAAAUAAUCUUUUAUUAUAUCUACAUAAUGAAUCACAUAAAUUUACUAAUGAUAGUUUUGAUAUAAUGAUUACCAAUGGAGUAAUUAUGAAAAAUUUAACUUUCAAUAUAGCCAUAUCAAGUUUUAUAGAUAAAUUUCCACAUUUGAGAGUACUUUUGCCAUUGGUUAUUGAUAUGAAUAAUUCUUCUUCUUUCUUUAUAACAUCCGAACAUCUGUUAGCUUCUCAGUCGUUAAUACCUAGUCGAAAUAUAACGUACAAAAUAAUAGAGAAACCCAAAUUUGGAUCAUUAAUGUAUUAUGGAAAAAUUGAGAAUCCUCUUGCAUUUUCUCAGGAAGACAUUGAUAAGGGUUUGAUAACAUAUGUACCAAAAUCAAAUUCUUCGUUUACCGAUCACUUUUUAUUUGAGGUUGCUAGCAAUCAAGAAGAUGGCUAUGUACGAAAUGAGAGUCUAACAUUGGAUCCAAGUAUAUUUCCUAUAUUUGUAAAAAAUGUGGAUAAAGUUGAAGAUCCUGUAUUGGUUAUCAAUCGUCCUGGGGACUUAGAAGAAGUAUGGAAUCAGAAUGUAGGAUUCCACAUCAACAAUUAUAAUUUGAGAGUAUCUUUUCCUGCUGCUUCACCAAAAGACAUUAAAUUUGUUAUUUCAAAGUAUUUAGAUCAUGGUUAUGUUUUUCAUCUAAAGGAAGAAAAAGUUGUGAGAUCAUUUACUCAAGAGGAUGUGAAUGAACAGUUGAUUAUCAUAAUUUUAAAGCAGCAAGCUGAAACUUCUGAUUACUUUACAUUUCAAGUUGUUGUGAAUCAUACCAGGUACAACAAAGAAUACAGGAUGGAUUUCCAAUGGGCUCUUGUAUUUUUUCCUUACCCUGAAUAUUCUGUCUGUGAAAAUGAAGGUAUUUUGCAUAUCAACGUUCAUCGAGUGGGAAAUACAGAUGUAUCCUCUUAUGUAACUGUUACAACUCUAGAGCAGACAGCAAAAAAAGGAUUAGAUUUUGUGUCAAGAAAUGUGAAUAAAAUUCAGUUUGAUCCUGGUAAAACAUUAGCAGUUUGGGAAAUUAUAAUUGUGCAAGAUGAUCUUGAGGAGGCUCCUAUUGAGCAACUUCAAGUCGUGUUGUCUGAUCCUGAAAAUUGUCUUAUAUCUAGUCACAACAGGACUGUUGUCAGUAUUUAUGAUUUGAAUAGAGGGUCAUGUUCUCAAAUACCAGUUCCAAAACCACCAGUAUCUAAAGGUAAUGAUGCAAGUAAUCCACCUAAAUCUUCUGUUAGUAUUGAUGAAGAUGAGGAGCAGAUUGGGGACAAAGAUAGUGAUGAUGCAAACUAUUCUAAAUUUCCUAUGGAAUGUAAUGAACAUAUAUAUGGUUUAUUACAUUAUAACAGACCGUCUCAAAAUUUCUUUCAAUGUGAUGGUAAGAAUUGGUUGCCAUGGCUUCCAGAAACUUCUAGUAAUGUAGAAAAUACCAAAUUCUCAGUCCCUCCAUUUGAAAGUGAUGGUAAAUCAUCUAGAGAUGUUGUAAUCAAAGAUAGUUCAGUGGGGAUUUUAAAUUCUAAGGAAUCCAAAGCAGGUUUACCAAGUUUAGAGGCAGAAAAUUGCUUUAAAGGAUGGGAAGAAUUUUCUGGAAAGUGUUACAAGUGGAAUAAACUGCAAUCAACAUGGAGUGAUGCUCAGACAACAUGUGAAAGUUUUCCUUAUGGAGAAUUAGUGGUGGUAGAAACACCUGAGCACAAUGAUUGGUUAGUGCAGUUAGCUCGGGGAAAACUGUACUGGAUUGGUUUACAUGCUUCGACGGAAACAAAUGAAUGGAGCUACAGAAACCAUACUCAUGUUCGAUUUUUUAAUUGGAAAAAGGGGUUUCCACGUUUAUCCUUCAACAGAGAAAUUAAGCAUCGUUGUGUUUUGGUUCGAGGCUCUGGCUUAUGGAUUAAUAAGAACUGUGAUACUCAGUCACAUUCUUUUAUUUGUGCCAUGCCCCUGUAUUCAGAAUCAAACCAGUGAUUGUUAUACAGCAAAUUUGAAUGGCAGUUUUAGCAUUAUGUAACAAAUGUUCUCUAUUAAGCUCAUUUUUCAAUGAAGAAAUGUUAUAUCUAUGCAUGUACUGAAAUUGUCAAAUGUUAGCUUUUUUCUCAAAAAAAUAUUUAGUUUCUGAAGAGCUUCUUUUAAUUGCUAUAAUAGAGAUGUAUUUAUUUGAGCUUAAUUGUAUAUAAAUAUAAUAUACUUAAAAUGCUUCUAAAAUAUUAUUUUAAUGUAAUGUGUAUACUAAUAAAAUUGUUCUUUAAAUAAUAGAA